AUGAAACCGGACAUUAAGGAUCGUGACUAUAUGUAUCGACUUAUCAUCGGACAGCUUUUCUAUGAUGGUCAUCAACAGUUAGCGCUAAAUUUAGCAUCUGCAAUCGGUUGUUCAGCGCAACCACCUCCACCUUCUGACAAACUAUUUCGACUGGUGUCCAUGGCGAAGCAGUUCGUUGAUGAACCAGAUCUGAAGGAGAAGGAUGGUGUUAUACAGAUGGAUAUAUCCUCAGGUCUUGACCUGGAAUAUGAUGCUGACAUUGAGCCAACAUCGCCAGAGCCAAGUAUGUAUGAAACAAUUUAUCUCACAGCCCAUAAGUCACCAUGUCGUGCAUCGGCAUUCAAUUCUGAUGGAACGCUGUUAGCAACGGGAUCAGCAGAUUGUUCCAUCAAAAUUAUGGAUGUUGAAAGAAUUAUUGCUCGUGAAGUUAGAGGUGAAGUAAGUUUAACUGAAAAUGGACCCGAUGCGCAGCACCCAAUUAUUCGAACUCUUUAUGAUCACAUUGACGAAGUUAACUGUCUUGCUUUUCAUCCGCGAGAACAGAUCAUUGUUUCUGGUGCUAAUGAUUUUACUGUGAAAAUGUUCGAUUUUUCGAAAACUGCAGUUAAGCGGGCUAUGAAAACAAUUUUUGAAGUGGAGCCAAUACGAGCACUUUCAUUCCAUCCAGCUGGUGAAUUUUUAUUGGUAGCAACCAGCCAUCCAACGUUACGUUUAUAUAACAUCGAAACCCAACAAUGUUAUGUAUGCAGUGUUCCUACUGAUCAACACCGUGAUACUAUUAUGGAUGUGAAUUAUUCAGAAAAUGCCCGGCUAUAUGUGACGGGUUCAAAAGAUGGGGAUGUGAAAGUCUGGGAUGGUAUUUCAAAUCGCUGUAUUGAAACAUUUCAACGAGCUCAUGAUGGUGCUCAGAUAUGCAGUGCUACUUUUACAAGAAAUGGAAAAUAUAUAUUAACUAGUGGCUUGGACAGCAUCGUUAAACUUUGGGAAUUGUCAACAAACAGAUGUCUUAUAGCAUAUACGGGGGCCGGUGCUACUGGCGUACAGGAAUAUCCAAUACAAGCAUCUUUCAAUCAUAACGAAGACUAUGUGCUAUUCCCGGAUGAAAAAUCAGGCAGUCUUUGUUCAUGGGAUGCUCGUAAUUCUGAUAGAAAAAGACUUUUGGCACUCGGACAUACAGCAGCAACAAGGACAUUCAGGCAUUCUCCAACGAUGCCGGCUUUUAUUACAGGCAGCGAUGAUUUUAGAGCACGAUUUUGGUAUAAGAAACUCGCAUGA